UUUUUCUUAGGUUGCCAGAAUAUUUUUGUCAAAAUUUCGACUUUUAAAUAGAUGUUCUCUCACCAUUGCGGAUUGACUAAGAACCGAGGAAGAAAUGCCGCUUAACUGGUACCUGUUGCAAACGACCGGGUCCAUGACCAAGGUCAACACCUACAUUCGAAAGUUCACGGAGGGAUCAGAGCGCAGCGGAGUGCUCAGUACAGCCCCCAAACUACCGAAGAAAAAAUCUGCCACUUUCAAGAUUUCGGAGUUGGAUCGCAUUUCAUACCUUUCAUCUUCUUCUCGGAGGAGCAGGGGGAUGAGCAAUCGUUCCAGUCAGUUAAAAGAGCCCAAGAGUCCCCAAACGCUGGAAACCUGUCCGUUGAAAUCGAAUUCCAUUCCCAAAAAGGAACCUGUUGUGCAGGAUUCUCCACGUAUGCGGGAGUUUUUUAAUGAGGUGCGAGAACGGGAGCUCAAGUGCUACUAUCUACAGAUGAAGGCUGCUCAAAGGGUUCCAGAUUUGUCCCAUUUGUGUUCAGAUUGUGGUCUGCCAAAGCGUGAUAAGAAGGAUCUCUCCCAGAAUAUUUACUGCACGGGGGAUGAGAACUUGAGGCGAAGUAAAACUCGGGCUGGUGAUCGGUGUGAGGAUCUUACUUGGUUGUGGAACUCCUCUUUGGUAUAUCCCAACUCUGGAAUGAGUUGUUAAUGCCGAAGAAGUGUUUCCAUCCAUGCGUGAUCUUUAUUCACAGGUCAUUGUGCGAAAUAUGUAAAUCGUUAAGCUAAUACCUAGCUAGCGAUGCCUUUGCUGCCAACCUAUGGAACACCCUUUCCCUCGUAGUUUCAGUCACCUUUUGAAAUCCAAAUCGUUCGUACUGCACCCGACGGAGCAA